AUGUCCAACAGUACAGUUUGCCCUCCCCAGAAGCUGCACCCCUCCCUCCCCUGGCUGAUGGUGGUCUUCUACCUGGGCGGCUUCCUGCUCAACGGUCUGAGCUUGUUUCUGUUCCGCUCUCGGGCCAUGAAAUGGAACUCGGGCGUGGUGCUGCAGUUUAACCUGGCCAUAAGCGACAUGCUGGUGACCCCGGCCGCCCCACUCAUAGUGCUCUACUCCCUGUGGGACGACUGGCCGUUUGGGGUGUUCCUGUGCCAGCUCAAGGUGUUCCUGCUCAGCGUGCACGUGUACGGAGGCAUCUGCUUCCUGACGCUCAUCAGCAUCCACCGCUGUUCCACCGUGGCCCGGCACCGGGGCACCUCCCAGUCUCGCAUGGCCAACCCUCAGUACGUCCAGCGGCUGUGCGUGGCCGUGUGGGUGGGGCUUCUGCUCCAGGGCCUGCCCUUCUUUGGGCUGCUGGAUACCUGGGUGGACGGCAUGGACAACACCACCAAGUGCCUGAACUUCCACCAGCCCAACAUGAGGGAGCUGUUCUUCGCCUAUAACCUGGCCGUGCUGGUGGUUGGCGUGCUGCUGCCGUUCUGCAUUUUCGGGGCCUGCUACGCCUGGCUGGGCAUCUUCCUGUCCCGGGUGAAGGCCCAGGGGGCGGACAUGAAGGGCCGCGCUGCCAGGGUCAUCGCCGCCUGCAUGUUCAUCUUCACGCUCUGCUACGUACCGCUGCACGUCACGCGCACGGUGGGCGUGACCGUGGCCCUCUUUCACCCUAGCCAGUGUGCGAUGCUGAGUCGCGCCGAGGACUGGUACUACGCCAGCUUCACCGUCUCCGCUGCCAACUGCUGCCUGGACCCGCUGCUCUACUGCUUCUCCUCCCGCCGUUUUCGGCAGGCCCUGGGCGAGAUGCUGCCCGACGUGAGGAAGGUCAGAAUACUGCGGAGCCUCUGCCGGCAGAGCGCAGAGAGGGAGGAGUGCGCCGACAAACCAAACAGCACAGUAGAUACAGGAACAUCAGAUAGGGUUCAUUAG